AUGACACCCUCUCUCCCGACUGAAAAUGACCUGCCUCUCACAUCUGUUGAGGAGAAUGACAUGCCUUGCAUCAACCAGCUCACAGACUUGUCAGAUCAAUUUGACGAAAAACUGUUCGAAAUAACCUCGGCGGCGUUUGGCAAUGAAGGCAUCGCCCCACCGGGCUCCACUGUGCCGGUCACCACUGACCAUCCUGGAGAAUACGGCUUCACGCUCCGCUUCCAGAAGUCUGGAACGGCCAAAUCGGUCACAUCCACUUUUUCCGUGAUGCUCAACAAGCUGUUCUGCCAGCUAUCCAAGACCACUCCGGUGGAAAUUCAGGUCCGCAAGGAGCCACCGGUGGGUGCCAUGAUUAGAGCCAUGGCGGUCUACAAGAAAACGGAGCACAUUGGCGAAGUAGUACGCCGAUGCCCCCACCAUAAGAACCAGGACGGUAUGUUUAAAUGCAGCCAUCUGAUCAAAAUGGAGGGCAACCAAAGGGUGCAGUAUUUCGAGGACCAAGACACCAAGAGGCAGAGUGUCACCGUCCCCUAUGAGACCCCCCAGUUGGGCUCUGAAAUGACGACCAUCCUGCUGAACUUUAUGUGCAACAGCUCCUGCCCGGGUGGUAUGAACCGCAGACCCAUCCUCACGAUUUUGACACUGGAGACCCCCGACGGAAUGGUUUUAGGCCGGAGUUGUUUUGAGGUGCGCAUUUGUGCGUGCCCCGGCCGGGAUCGUAAAACUGAAGAGGAGAACAAGACCCAGGCGCAAAGUGGCACCAAGAAAACCAAGAAACAAAAGAGCGCCCCAGCAGCAACCAGCCCCUCCGUUAAGCGGCCUAUUCCCACCUCCAGCAUGGAGGGAGAUGAUGAUGAUAUUCUACUUUUGCCAGUUCGCGGACGCAAGCGUUAUGAAAUGCUUAAAGAAAUCAACGAAGGCCUUGAACUACUGGACAAGAAAAAGUAA